AUGCUUUCGAUUACAUGACUUCCAGACAUAAGACCUUCGGUCCGGUAUGUGUACGAUGGGUUCCAAGGGGAACCCAUCGUACACAUCUCCACGGCCGAACACGCCGAAAUAUUCUUGAAAAAUAACGUGAACAUCGACAAAGGCAUGAUUUACCGCUAUAUGGAACCUUGGCUAGGCACGGGUCUAUUGACCGGAGGAGGAAACAAGUGGAGGGUGCACCGGAAGCUGAUCACUCCCGCUUUCCACUUCAGCAUCUUGGACAAGUUCGCCGAAACUUUCGCCGAACGCGCCGACGACAUGGUGCACAUUCUGGAAGACAAGGUAAGCAAGGGGUACUUCGACAUUGAUGCCUACGUCACCAAGUGCGCACUGGACAUCAUCGCGGAGACAUCGAUGGGAAAGAGGGUAUAUGCGCUGAAAGACCCCAAAUCCAAGUACGUGGACGCCAUUGUAAGUUUAUGCGAGAUCUCCACCAGAAGGUACACGAACCCCAUUUGGGCCAACGAUUUUCUUUUCAAGUUCACCAAACCGGGAAAAAGGUUCUUCGACGACAUCGAAUACGUGAAUGGAAAUACCCUUAAGAUCAUUGAAGAGAAGAGGGCACAAUUAGAGAAGACUAAAAGCACUAUCAGAGUGGACGAGCUAGGCAGGAAGGAACGGCUAGCCUUCAUCGAUAUCCUGCUCACUACGCAGGAACCAAAGCCGUUCACCGACGAGGAGAUCAUUGAACAAGUCAACACGUUCAUGUUUGCGGGCCAAGAUACCAGCUCGAUCACCACGGGUUUCACUCUGUUCGCGUUGGGCAACGAACCAGAGAUCCAAGCCAAAGUGCACGAAGAACUGGACUCGGUCUUCCAAGGAUCAGAUCGCAUAAUCACACCCCAGGACAUCGCCUCUCUCGACUACCUGGAUAGAGUGGUGAAGGAAGCGAUGCGGUACUACUAUUUCGUACCGGAAAUCGGCAGGUGUCUAACCGAAGAACUCGUUUUGGACGGGCAUCACAUUCCCGUGUGUACCACCGUCAUCCUCGACCUUUACGAACUGCACCACAACCCGGAGCAUUACCCGGACCCUUACAAAUUCGACCCAGAUCGAUUCCUCCCCGAAGAGGUAGCCAAACGUCAUGUCUACGCUUACGUCCCUUUCAGCGCGGGUCCCAGAAAUUGCGUGGGCCAAAAAUUCGGACUGCGUAACGCGAAAACGAUGAUAGCGUCCGUCUUGAGGAAAUUCAAGGUCAAAUCGCGCGACAAGCCGCAGGAUUUGAGGUUCUACAUCGAAGGAUUGCUCAGACCGCAGGGCGGACUUUAUGUGGCAUUGGAGCUGCGAAAAUGAAGCCCGUCGCGUUUCUCUUAGCAUGGCCGAUUAUUUAUUGUUGUUAAGUUUAACUACUGUUCCAAAAUAAAUUAUUUUCGUUUGA